CCACAUUGUUUGCUAUUCUGAUCAUUGUGCAUUAUUUGCUUCAGUUUGUGCAAUAUAUUCAUGCGUUUUUUUUUUUUAUAUUAUAUAUAUAUAUAUAUAUAUAUAUAUAUAUAUAUGAUUCAAAACUCAAAGGAAACACUUCUCCAUUUUAAGCAUAUCGUUGUUGUGUAAAUGUACUCUACAGAUAGAGGAAGUAAAUGACAAGCAGACUGAACACAAACCUGCUAUUGUAAUGAUGGGUCAACAGUGUGUGGAUCCAUUUGCAGCUUUAUUAAACACAGCAGUAGUACAGACAAGGGCAGAGCAGUACCGUAAACAGGGACAGGCAAGGAUCGAGGCGGGCAGCAGAGAAUCAGAGUCAGGUCACAGGCAAGGAUCGAGACAGGCGGCAAACAAACACAGUCCAGGGUACAGGCAAGGUUCAGGGCAGGCGACAAGGGUUCACGAGAGAUCAACAGUCCGGGUAACAACAAGAUAACAGCCCACAGAAUAACACUCAGAAAUGAUCACCGUAGCAAACCAAGACUUCGCGAAAAUGUGGUGCGUAUGCGUGUCUUAAAUAGUGUGCGUGGGAUGCAGUUCAGGUGUGUGUGCAAUCAGUCCCAGGAAUGAGGGCCUAUGGGAAAUGGAGUCCGAAUGGUGGAGAAUCAGUAUUCCGGUGAUGGCUCCCUCCGGCGGUCCGGAGGAUGAACCGUGGGAGCCAUAUUCAUGACAGCUAUGCUCCAUCUGAAAAUUUAUUGUAACUAAAACCAAAUUAUAUCACACUUGGUCAUACAAAAUAUCUGUUGAGUUUGAAUGGAAAUUUUUAUCUGUAUCUUUCCUUUGUUAGACUGCAGUUCCUAAAAAAAAAAAAAAACAUGAAGAGAAGAAGAACAAUGGCAAAUUCUUCCUCAGCUGGGAGUAUAGAUGUUUCUCCAUCGAUAUCAUCCUCCAGUGCUCCGCUUACUAAGGAGUUUCGGUGCUCUAUAUGUCUGGACAUAUUCACUGAUCCAGUCAGCACUCCAUGUGGACACAACUUCUGCAAGACCUGUCUGAAUAAGUGCUGGGACAACAGCCAGACCUGCAACUGUCCAUAUUGUAAAGAAAAAUUCAAGCACAGACCUGAUCUCAAGAUUAAUACCACACUCAGAGAGCUUGUAGAUCACUAUAAAAAGAAAAGUCACGAGAAAAAGCCUGAAGUUUUGUGUGACGUUUGUGAUGAAAGAAAGCUGAAAGCCCUGAAGUCGUGUCUGGUUUGUCAGAGCUCUUACUGUGCAGCUCACCUGGACCCUCAUUUGAGAGUGGCAGGUUUAAACAAACACAAAGUGAUGGAUCCUGUGAGUAAUCUGGAGGACUAUAUAUGUCAGAAACAUGAGAGACCUCUGGAGCUGUUCUGUAGAGAUGAUCAGAGGAUCGUGUGUCUGUUCUGUACUGACGGAGACCACAGGAACCACAACACUGUUUCUUUAGAAGAAACUUGGUUGAUGGUUCAAGACACGCAGCAGAUGAUCCAGGACAGAGUCAAGAAAAUUGAAGAGAUCAAACACUCAGCAGAAGUCAGAAAAAGAAACACAGAGAAGGAGAAAGCAGCCCGUGUUGAGCUCUUCACUGAUCUCAAGCGCUCCAUUGAGAGAUGUCAGACUGAACUGCUGAAGAUGAUGGAGGAACAGCAGAAAGCAGCAAAGAAACAGGAGCAAGAGCUGAUUAAAGAGCUGGAGCAGGAGAUCACUGAGCUAAAGAUGAGAAACACUGAGCUGGAGCAGCUCUCACACACUGAAGGUCACCUCCACCUCCUACAGAUUUACUCAUCCCAGUGCAACCCUAGAAAAAACAGGAACUGGCCUGAGAUCAGUAUGAAGACUGAUGAGAGUCUGGAGACUCUGAGAGCUCUGACUCAACUGAAGGACACUUUACAGAAGAAGACUGUGCAAACUGAGCUGAAGAGGAUGCAGCAGUAUGCAGUGGAUGUGACUCUGGAUCCUGAUACAGCUAAUCCUUACCUCAUCCUGUCUGAUGAUGGAAAACAAGUGAGACAUGGAGACAUUAGACAGAAUCUCCCAGACAAUAAAGAGAGAUUUGAAAUGUAUGGAAAUGUCCUGGGAAAGGAGGGAUUCUCCUCUGGGAAAUUUUAUUUUGAGGUGAAGGGAAAGACUGACUGGUUAUUAGGAGUGGCCAGAGAAUCCAUUAACAGGAAGGGAUUGAUCCCACUGAGUCCCAGUAAUGGACACUGGUUGAUUCAGUGUUAUGGCAAUGUAUAUAGUGCCAAUGCUGAUCCUCCUGUCUCUCUGCAUCUGAAAGUGAAGCCGCAGCGGGUUGGUGUGUUUGUGGAUUAUGAGGAGGGUCUGGUCUCCUUUAAUGAUGUGGAGUCCAGCUCUCAUAUCUAUUCUUUCACUGCUCAGUCUUUCUUUGGCAAACUCUAUCCAUUUUUUGGCCCAAGUCCAUUUAAUGGAGUUAAAAACUCAACUCCACUGAUCAUCACUCCUGUCAAUUACAAUAAAUGAAUUUAUACCCCAAAUAGGAAAUACUUAAUGAAAAUAAUGAUACUUGUAAUUAAUGUUUAAAACAUCAAAAAUGAUAAACUGCUAAACUUUUUAUCCGUAAAACAACUCCGAUGGACUGUAAUAAAGUGUGCGCGCUCUCCAUGAACAGUAUCGCCCCGGAGAGGAUCACGUACAGUUUUAACUGAUCCAUCCUUCAGUAAUAACUUCAACCACGGUGUCCUCAGUGACUCAGAUGGCUAUAUGAGGCUCCAUAUAGUCUAUGGAGCCUUGUAUGUUCGCUGGUACAUCCAACAAAAGAACAUUUGUAAUGUUUUUUUGCCACAGGCAUUGUAUAUCUCUAGCUGAUACAGCGAGUACACAGUUUAAACUUUUUUUGUUUCAAGUUUAAAGUUGUGUUUACUGAUACAUGCAUCAAAAAAAAAAAAAAAGCUGCUAUCUUCUGUGUGUACAUUAAUAAUUAAUAAAUACGUGAUUCACGUGUGUUCACUUUA